UUUUACGGAGAAAUGGGGGGAAGAAGCGACUGCGAUUUCUGCGCCCUCUGUGGCACAAUGCUCGUCUACGAGUCUGCUACAACCGCAUCGUGUGCACUCUGUAAGGCGCAGCGCAACGCCGAAGUGGUCCAGGAGGAGGUGUGGUGUACAAUCAACGCCGAGGAUUUGGCCCGGAGGCUUGGAAUCGAUCCUCUCGUUCUACCAGAACUUGAUCUCAAAACCGUGGAUCAAACUGACGAAGGCCCGAAGAAGGCUGUCGUGAACGAGGAUUGUCCGAAAUGCAAAAAUCCGCAGCUCGAGUACUACACGAGACAGCUGCGCUCUGCUGAUGAAGGCCAAACAGUGUUCUACGAGUGUCCCAAGUGCCGGCACAAGUUCUCGCAAAACACGUAACGUUCUCGCGUGUAAAACCCAAACGGAAAGAGAAGAAAUCCGCAGAAAAGGUAACACUCUUUCUAAAUCAUUGCCACUAAUCGCAUAAUCGUCCCCCUGUUGUGCGUGCUCACAUUCCAAAAGCGAGCCCGUCCCUCCAUCAAUCACUUACAGGUGAACUGGACUGAUGCCUUCGGUUAAGUUUUCCUUCCCAGCUGGUGGUGAUUGCGAGUGAUGCACAAACACAUCCCACUCCGCUCUACGAUCAUUCCAGCUCCAGAUUACACUCAUUGGCGUUUGAUACCAACCGAUCGCUGUCACGGGAUUUUAUAGCGUGCCAGAGGAGGAUGAGGAGAAACAAAAAUAUGUGCGUAUAUAGCGACAGCGUGCUCUCUGGGAGCGAGAGGAAUUGGAUUAAACUAUGGGACUACUUAACGCCUUUGGUGAGGAGACUUUGGUGGAAAACACUAGUACACACUCUGGAAGGAAGAAGGGGGGAGUUUUUUUGGUUUGUGGUUUCAAGCUGGAAUCAGACGUGCAGUGCGCGCAGGCCUUCCUUUUUUUGAGGGGAGGGAGAUGACAAAAGGCUCUUGCAGGCAGGCAAGGAAUCAUUCAUCCAUUCAUGUCAUUCUGGUUUGUUUACAUCUCUCCUUUUUUUAUAUGGUUUUUGUUUUUUGGCCUCCUUUCAUGGCUUGUUUUGUAGCUAUUUAGAAAUAUGUGGUUAUUUUUUUUUUUCAAUUUCUCUCUGUGUGUGUUGUUGUGUGUGCGGCUUUUUGGAUAUUUUUUUUUCUUGUUCAUACAGGGAAAGGGUCACUGUGACUCACCAAACAUUUAUGAAAUGGAGACCCCAAUAGUGUUGUACAAAAAUGUCAUUAAGCCCAUCGUGGUUUGUCUUUUGGUU